UCUCGCCCUCCGAAAGAAAAUUACAGAGGAACCAAGAUAAAACCUACGGAAGUCGGGAACGAUGAACGAGGAUUCGCUGAUGGAGAGGCCUCCUCCUCAUUCUUCUUCUUCUAGAAGUGGGGCGAUCAGUUCAGGCAUGGACUUGUCUAGCCUUGAUUUUCAGCUUUUGAACAAGCAAGGUUGGAGGGAAGGAGCCGGUCUCGGUGCUUCUGAGCAGCAGGCAUCCGUGGGAAGGGUGUCAAACUCAUUGGCGAGGUCUACAGAAGCCAUCGACUCGUCGAAUAGGGGAUUUCAGCUUCUCAAGAAACAUGGUUGGAAAGAAGGUACUGGUCUCGGAGUGUUCGAGCAGGGUCGAUUGGAACCUGUUGAGACAUAUUUGAAAAAUAAUAAGCGUGGCCUUGGAGCGGAUAGAGUGAAGAAGAAAGUCCACCCUUCUCAUACUGGUCGUUCAGACCAAAACAAUGAAAAUGAAAAAAAACCGCCGAAGAAGUCCAAGACUCUCUCGAAGAAGAUGAGAAAAUUGCAGGAGCAAGAACAGAGGUUGCAAGAGAAGGAAUUCGAGCGGGCUUUCUUCAGGGAGUUCUGGCCAGAGAAUGUGUGACAGUGAAAUCAAAGUUCCUUAUUUUGUUCAUUCUGCCAUCCGCAAAAGGCGAUGUACAUGAUUGAUCUCACUCAUUAGGUUUUUAUUGUAAUUGCGUAGCCUUUCCAGUUCGCAGUUGCUAACCAUGAACCAAAAUCACGAGAGAGGCAUGUCGCGAUGAGUCCACAUCAUCCGCUACGGCAUCUUUUCAUGUGCUAUAUAGCAUUGGAUUUACUUUUUCUUCCUUUUGUUUAUAAUUUUUGACGAGGGAGUCAAUCAUCAUCAA